AUGGCUCAACCAAAAAAUAACACUGCUCUACUUAAGUUAAACACAGGUGCCUCUAUCCCAUCUGUUGGUCUAGGUACCUGGAAAUCUACUGGUGUAGAUGAUGGUUACAAAUCCGUUAUUAAAGCUCUAGAGGUUGGUUACAGACAUAUCGAUACUGCUGCUAUUUACAAGAAUGAAGAUCAAGUCGGUAAAGCUAUUAACGACUCCGGAGUUCCAAGAUCAGAAAUUUUUGUCACUACAAAGUUGUGGUGUACUCAACAACACAACCCUAAGGAAGGUUUAGAACAAUCUCUAAAGAGAUUAGGUCUAGAUUAUGUUGAUCUUUAUCUAAUGCACUGGCCUGUUCCAUUAAAUCCAAGAAGUAUCAAAGAUGGUAAUUACUUGACUAUCCCAAUAAAGGCAGACGGUACUCGUGAUGUUGAAACUACUUCUUGGAAUUUUAUCAAGACUUGGGAAUUGAUGCAAGAAUUACCAGCUACAGGUUUGACUAGAGCAAUUGGUGUCUCCAAUUUCUCUAUCAAUAACAUUAAGGAUCUAUUGGCCUCCCCAGGUAACAGAAUUACUCCAGCUGCUAACCAAGUUGAAUUACAUCCACUAUUACCACAACAAGAACUGAUUGAUUUCUGUAAGUCAAAGGGUAUUAUUGUAGAAGCAUACUCUCCAUUGGGGAGUAACAACGCUCCAUUACUAUCUGAAAAAACAGUUAUUGAAGUUGCUAAGAAGAAUAACGUCACCCCAGCCGAAGUAGUCAUCAGCUGGCACGUUCAAAGAGGUUACGUUGUUUUACCAAAGUCUGUUAACGCAGAUAGAAUUACAAGUAACUUGAAAACUUUUUCCUUGUCUGACGAAGAUUUCAAGGCAGUAUCUGAUAUUUCUAAGAUUGAAGGUGAAAAGAGAGUCGUCGUUCCAGACUGGGCUCCAUUUGUUCCAUUUAUUUAA